AGCAUCAACUAUGUUUACACAACUGAGUGAGUCUGACGACCCUUAGGCGGUCCAUUUACCCGGGCCUUGCGCGCCACUCGCCCAGCCGCUCAGCCCUCAUGGGGGCAACAAACACACUCAGCAUCCGUUCCUAUGGCAACUUUCCCCCCCCCCCUUCAAGGCGCACAAAAGCGCGCAGUUGGAGAGGUGUUUGAGCGCGUCGACGCACCGGGAAAACACGUCAUUACAGGGAACUCCUCAGCCCACCAAUGACAAGUGAACACUGCGAUAUCAAUGCAGUCACCAGAGAGAGGUAUCGGAUAGAUUUCCAAAAUAGGUGACAUUUUAGCCUAGUCACAGAGCUUGACACAGAUGAAUAGAAUGGUGUCAUUUACGCAAACUGGCGAAACCUCGAACAGGAUGUGCAAACGGAGGAAAAUGAACAGCGGUUCUCAAUCUCCGUCAAGGGACAAUUUAUCACCACAGGGAGACCAAAUCGAGGAGACUUCGUGCACCCCUGUGCGGAGACGGCGGGCGGAGAGGGUCAGAAAGCCAAACAUAAUAUCUAAACUGUCAGACUCUGGUUUCGAAGAGGACUUUCUAUCACCGGUUCGGAAAAAUCAUUGUCCGGUAACAGUUGAAGACGCACUGGUACCAGGGAAUUCCAACAACACACUGUUGUUUAACUGGUAUCAACACUACGGCGAGAUUGGUUAUCAGAUACAGAAACUCAAAGAGCCGCAGUUUCAUCCAGUCAACUGUCUGUCUCGACAACCGCAGGUGACAGCCGAGUCGCGAUGUAAGCUUAUCAGCUGGCUCAUCCCCGUACACAGAUACCUGCGUCUGUCCUUCGAGUGUUGCAGCCUGUCGGUCAACAUCAUGGAUCGCUUCCUGGCUUCCACCCCAGUGGCUUCUGACUGUUUCCAGCUGCUGGGGGUCACCGCUCUGCUGCUCGCCUGUAAACAGGUGGAGGUGUUUUCUCCUCGGAUCAGCCAGCUCCUGUCUCUGUGUUGUGAUGCGUUCUCCAGAGAACAGCUGUGUAACCUGGAAUGUCUCAUCCUGCUCCGCCUCAACUUCCGCCUGGCUGCACCAACCAUAGCCUUCUUCCUGGACUUCUACACCAAUCACAGCCUGGCUGGUCGGCAUAUGGGCGGGGACGGAGUCAGCAACGUUAGCCAUAGGCUGCCUGGGGAUAAGGAUGAGGAAGUGAAGAGGCGAAAGAGGGGCAGCAGAUUGGCUCUUAGGGUGUGUGAGCUCACUCUGGCCGACUACGCCUUCAAUAAGUACACACCUUCCCUGACCGCCCGCUGUGCUCUGGCUCUAGCCAAUCAACUGCUGAGAACCAGCCAGGGCCUAGAGGAUCCAGCCAAUCAGCUGCUGAGGAUCAACCCUGAGGGCCCCGAGGAAGAGCCAAUGGACCAAUCCCUGACGGCCGAGCUCACAUAUGGCCACGCCUCCUCACAAGAGGACCAUUCUCUGAGUGAUCCUGCCCGCUCAGAGAAUGACCAUUCCCACCGAACCUUAUCUGAGACUAGUAAUCACUCCUGUAUUGACAAUGACUCCUCUCUUUCAGUUGUUGGUCACCUCCUAUCUGUGAAUGACUCCACCCAGUCAAUGGAUGACCCUUCUCCAUCUGGGAACACGUUUACCCUGGUUGAGGGAGACCAGACUCAUGCUCCUCUGGCCCAUGAGUGUAGAGAGGGAGACCAGACUCACGCUCCUCUGGCCCAUGAGUGUAGAGAGGGAGACCAGACUCACGCUCCUCUGGCCCAUGAGUGUAGAGAGGGAGACCAGACUCACGCUCCUCUGGCCCAUGAGUGUAGAGAGGGAGACCAGACUCACGCUCCUCUGGCCCAGGAGUGCAGAGAGGGAGACCAGACUCACGCUCCUCUGGCCCAGGAGUGUAGAGAGGGAGACCAGACUCACGCUCCUCUGGCCCAUGAGUGUAGAGAGGGAGACCAGACUCACGCUCCUCUGGCCCAGGAGUGCAGAGAGGGAGACCAGACUCACGCUCCUCUGGCCCAGGAGUGCAGAGAGGGAGACCAGACUCACGCUCCUCUGGCCCAGGAGUGCAGAGAGGGAGACCAGACUCAUGCUCUCUACCAAGAGUGUUUAGACAACCUUAGAUUGUUGGUGUCACUCAACCAGGAUGCCCUGCAGGCCAUGAUAACUCUGUGACAACAUGAUGACUGUUGACAUGUUUCAACCUAUGUUAGUUGAAUACACUGUUGUUGUUGAAUGCACCCUACACCAUGUGACUGAAAACAACCUGUGUACCUCAAGAAACGAAAAGGCCAAACCUUUGAUUCCCAGUCAUCAGCGCUGCUACCCUGCACUUGGUGGUCGACAAUGUAACUGUCGCUGAGUUAAUUCAAUGAUGUAGUUUCUGCAAAAGACGGUUAUCAGAUUGUGCCUACAAACUGUAAACAAUGUCAAUGGACAGCAUUUUAUUGUCAUCGAAGUACUGUAUUUAGAGGAUGGUUUGGUCUUUAUUUAUACUAUGUUCUGUAACUUAUUGAAGUCAUUGUACUGUAAGAUGCAUUGAGUGAGUAGCCUACUGUAGAUGUUUACAUUUUAGUCAUUUAGCAGACGUUCUUAUCCAGAGUGACUUACAGUAGUUAAUGCAUACAUUUCAUACAUUUUUUUCUCCGUACUGGUCCCCCGUGGGAAUCGAACCCACAACCCUGGCGUUGCAAACACCAUCCUCUACCAACUGAGCCACACGGGACUGUGUUUCUCAAACUGUUCUGAGAUUGUACUGAUCCUAGCUGCUAUGUUGGCCAAUGUUACAUGGAUCGUUAUUGUUAUGCAAUGAACAAUGAUGUGACAUCCCAUUUCAGCAAAUGUGAUGAAAACCGUAUUAUUAAAUUAUUACUUGAUAAAUGUACUGGAUAUGUUUUCUGAUUUAUUCACUCCAUUUUUGAAAAUAAAC